AUGACAAUUAACAGCUUUGAGAAGGGUGGGAGUGGCGGAGGGCCAUCUGAAUGUGAUGGCAAGUACCACUCAGACAACACACCAAUUGUUGCACUAUCCACUCCAUGGUACAAUCAUGGAAAAAGGUGCUUUAAAUCUAUCAAUAUAUAUUACAAAGAUAGAAGUGUACAAGCAACAGUGGUGGACGAGUGCGAUACCUCUAGGGGUUGUGCUAAUGAUAUAGUUGACGCAUCUGUAGCGGUUUGGAAUGCUCUUGCAGUGUCUAAAGGUGAAUGGGGUGAAACCAAAGUUACAUGGUCUGAUGCGUGA